UUCAGAGUAAGAGGGGGCCCUGCUGGGGGGAAGAAAAAAAAAAGCUCUGGAAUAUUCCAGGCAGGAGGUGGGAAGCGAAGAUCUACGGGAUCUGGUAACGCCACCUCAGCCAGCCUUCAGGAUCCUUCCAGAAGUACUUCACUCCCCGUGGUGGGGACACUCAUAGCUCUUGACCAGCCAAUUGCAGUCAUUUGAAUGGACACUUUUCUAGGUCUGUGCGGGCAGGCAGUGAAAGUUCAAUGUGGCCAGAGGAUGUCUGGGGACUUUUCACAGAGGAGGGGACUUUCAGUCCCACAAGGAGACAGCAGAAGUAAGGCUAUGUGCCAUAGAUGCAGAGGGAAAACACUGGAUGGGGGGAGCCACACUCACACAGGCCCUACAGUGACCCAUCUCCCCCAGCAGGGCUGGGUGCUGAAUCAGGCCAGGCCCAGUUGCCCACCUGGCCAUUGGCCUGGAAUGUCCUGGGACACAGCCAGGACUUGGGUAGGGAUUACAGAGCCAGUGGCCCUCUCCAGUUACAGUAUGGGGGGCCACACCUUGCCACUCAGGUGCCACCCUCUAGCCAGGGUACACAGGUGACAGGCUUCCUAGAGAAUUGGAGCAUGCAGGAAGAAGGCUCAGGCUUCCCAGUCUGAUGGUCUUUCUAAGGUGAACCAGGGAGGAGUAGAGCAGCCCUUCACCUGGAUGAACAGGAGGCAGAGGAGGGAACUCCUGUGGAACCCUGUGAAUGUAGCCAGAACCGGAGGAGUUGCACUGGGACAUUCAGUAAAUACCAUGCAAAUGAGGACGACAAGAUUGUACAUUCUUUCAAGUGACAGCUACAGCAUUCCAAAGGCUGCUGUCCAGGGCUUGAGCCGAGAACCCCCAGGCCAUUGACCCUUGUUUUAGGAAGAUUGUUCUAUCGUUUCCAAGGCCCUAUCCACCUCCUUCCUUGACUCCUGGGACAGGAAGUUGGCCCUAUUCCCAGGAGGGAAGCAGGAGGCCCUAGAGGGGGUGGAGAAUGUGUUGGGAGGGGGCCUCCUGUCCAGUCCUCAGGUCCAGUGACAGCCACAGAUGAAGAAGAGCCAGGCCCAGAAGAGCCAUGAAGCCUAGGAAAGCAGAACCACACAGCUUCCGGGAGAAGGUUUUCCGGAAGAAAGCUCCGGUGUGUGCAGUGUGUAAAGUGACCAUCGAUGGGACCGGUGUCUCCUGCCGAGUCUGCAAGGUGGCCACACACAGAAAAUGCGAAGCAAAGGUGACUUCAUCCUGUCAGGCCUUGCCCCCCGCGGAGCUGCGGGGCCACCUGCGCGAACUGGCCCAUGUGCUGCAAUCCAAGCACCGGGACAAGUACCUGCUCUUCAACCUUUCAGAGAAACGACAUGACCUGACCCGCCUGAACCCUAAGGUGCAGGACUUUGGCUGGCCUGAGCUGCAUGCCCCACCUCUGGACAAAUUGUGUUCCAUCUGCAAAGCCAUGGAGACAUGGCUCAGUGCUGACCCUCAGCAUGUGGUCGUGUUGUACUGCAAGGGGAGCAAGGGCAAGCUUGGAGUAAUCGUCUCUGCCUAUAUGCAUUACAGCAAGAUCUCUGCAGGGGCAGACCAGGCGCUGGCAACUCUCACCAUGAGAAAAUUUUGUGAGGACAAGGUGGCCACGGAACUGCAGCCCUCCCAACGCCGCUAUGUCAGCUAUUUCAGCGGGCUGCUGUCUGGCUCCAUCAGGAUGAACAGCAGCCCGCUGUUCCUGCACUAUGUGUUUGUGCCCAUGCUGCCAGCCUUUGAGCCCAACACAGGCUUCCAACCCUUCCUCAAGAUCUACCAAUCUAUGCAGCUGGUCUACACAUCUGGAGUCUAUCGCAUUGCAGGCCCAGGACCCCAGCCACUUUGCAUCAGCCUAGAGCCAGCUCUCCUCCUCAAAGGCGAUGUCAUGGUAACCUGCUACCACAAGGGUGGCCAGGGGACAGACCGGACCCUUGUGUUCCGAGUUCAGUUCCACACGUGCACCAUGCAUGGGUCACGGCUCACCUUCCCUAAGGACCAGCUAGAUGAGGCCUGGGCUGAUGAGCGGUUCCCUUUCCAAGCCUCAGUGGAAUUUGUCUUCUCCUCCAGCCCUGAGAAGGUCAAAGGCAACACCCCACGGAACGAUCCCUCUGUCUCAGUGGAUUACAACACAACAGAGCCUGCGGUACGCUGGGACUCCUACGAGAACUUCAACCAGCACCAUGAGGACAGUGUGGAUGGUUCCUUGGCCCACACAAGGGGUCCCCUGGAUGGCAGUCCGUAUGCCCAGGUGCAGCGGGUCCCCCACCAGACUCCACCAGCACCUUCUCCAGAGCUCCCCCCACCCCCCAUGCUCUCUGUGAGCAGCGACUCUGGCCAUUCGUCCACACUCACCACAGAACCCACAGCAGAAUCCCCUGGCCGACCACCCCCAACUGCUGCUGAACGCCAGGAGCUGAAUCGUCUGCUGGGAGGCUGUGGAGUGGCCAGUGGAGGCCGUGGAGCUGGACGUGAGACGGCCAUCCUAGAUGAUGAAGAGCAGCCCUCUGUAGGUGGGGGCCUGCAUCUUGGGAUGUAUCCAGGCCACAGGCCUGGCCUCAACCGACACUGCUCCUGCCGGCAGGGCUACCGGGAGCCUUGUACAGUCCCCAAUGGAGGCUACUACAGGCCUGAGGGCACCCUGGAGAGACGACGACCGCCCUAUGGGGGCUAUGAAGGACACCCCCAAGGCUACACAGAAGCCCCUAUGGAGAAGAGGCGCCUCUGCAGGUCACUGUCAGAAGGGCCAUAUCCCUAUGCAUCUGAGCUAGGGAAACCAGCUAAUGGGGACUUUGGCUACCGCUCAGCAGGCUACCGGGAGGUGGUGAUCCUGGAGGACCCCGGAGUACCUGCUUUAUGCUCAUGCCCAGCCUGUGAAGAGAAGCUGGCACUGCCCACAGCAGCCCUAUAUGGACUGCGACUAGACAGAGAGGCUGGAGAGGGGUGGGCCAGUGAAGCAGGCAAGCCUCUCCUGCACCCAGUGAGGCCUGGACACCCAUUGCCUCUGUUGGUGCCUGCCUGUGGGCAUCACCAUGCCCCAAUGCCUGACUACAGCUGCCUGAAGCCAUCCAAAGUGGGUGAGGAAGGACAUGAGGGCUGCUCAUAUGCCAUGUGCCCUGAAGGCAGGUAUGGACAUCCAGGGUACCCUGCCCUGGUAACCUAUGGCUAUGGAGGAACAGUUCCUAGUUACUGCCCAGUAUAUGGCCGGGCACCUCACAGUUGUGGAUCCUCAAGUGAGGGAAGAGGGUACCCUGGGCCUGGUGCCCACUCACCACGGGCUGGCUCUGUGUCCCCGGGAAGUCCACCCUACUUGCAAUCCAGGAAGCUGGGUUAUGAGAUUCCUGCUGAGGAUGGAAGGGACAAGUACCCACUGCCUGGGCACCUGGCUUCAACAGGAGGACCCCUGGCAUCUACAGAGUCACCUGAACUGUCCUGGAGGGAUGGUCCCAGUGGGCACAGCACGCUGCCUCGGUCUCCCCGAGAUGCCCAAUGCACUGCUUCAUCAGAGCUGUCUGGUCCCUCUACACCGCUGCACACCAGCAGCCCAGUCCAGGGCAAAGAAAGCACCCGACGGCAAGACACCAGGUCUCCCCCCUUGGCAGCAACUCAGAGACUGAGUCCUGGCGAGGCUUUGCCCCCUGUUGUCCAGGGAAGCACUGAAAAGGCUCCUGAGCUUCUGGCCAGCAGCAGGCCUGAGCCACCAGACCCUAGCCCUUUCUCCCAGACCUCCCCGCCCAGCUCACCCAAUGGCUGGCCUCAGGAAAGGAGCCCAGGGGGUCACUCCAGUAGUGCCAAUUCUCGGGGCCCUGUCCCAACCACCCUGCCCGGACUCCGCCAUGCCCCCUGGCGGGGCCCCCCAGACAGCCCAGAUGGCUCCCCACUUACUCCUGUGCCUACCCAGAUGCCCUGGCUUGUGGCCAGCCCAGAGCCACCACCACCCCAGAGCUCACCCACCCCUGCCUUCCCAUUGGCUGCCUCCUAUGAUGCUAAUGGUCCCACUCAGCCACCACUUCCUGAAAAACGACACCUGUCUGGGUCUGGGCAACAGCCAUCACCACCAGCCAGAGGCACCAACCAACAUGUCACCUUUGCAACUCCUCUCCCAGAUGUCACCCAGCCCCCAGAGCAUCCUUUACAAGAGAACCAAAGCAAUGUCAAGUUUGUCCAGGACACAUCCAAGUUCUGGUACAAGCCGCACCUGUCCCGUGACCAAGCCAUUGCCCUGCUGAAAGACAAGGACCCUGGGGCCUUCCUGAUCAGGGACAGCCACUCAUUCCAAGGAGCCUAUGGGCUAGCCCUCAAAGUGGCCACACCCCCACCCAGCGCCCAGCCCUUAAAAGGAGACCCCUCAGAGCAGUUGGUGCGCCACUUCCUCAUUGAGACUGGGCCCAAAGGCGUGAAGAUCAAGGGUUGUCCUACUGAGCCCUAUUUUGGCAGCCUCUCUGCCCUGGUCUCGCAACACUCCAUCUCUCCCAUUUCCCUACCCUGCUGUCUUCGAAUUCCCAGUAAAGAUCCUCUGGAAGAAACCCCAGAGGCUCCAGUUCCCACCAACAUGAGCACAGCAGCAGACCUCCUGCGUCAGGGAGCAGCCUGUAGUGUGCUCUACCUGACCUCCGUGGAGACAGAGUCACUCACUGGCCCUCAAGCUGUGGCCAGGGCCAGUUCUGCAGCUCUGAGCUGCAGCCCCAACCCAGUACCAGCCAUUGUCCACUUCAAGGUUUCAGCUCAAGGCAUCACACUGACAGACAACCAGAGAAAGCUCUUCUUUCGUCGUCAUUACCCAGUGAACAGCAUCACCUUCUCUAGCACUGACCCCCAGGACCGCAGAUGGACCAACCCAGAUGGAACCACGUCCAAGAUCUUUGGUUUCGUGGCCAAAAAACCAGGAAGCCCCUGGGAAAAUGUGUGUCACCUCUUUGAGGAGCUUGACCCAGACCAACCAGCAAAUGCCAUUGUCACCUUUAUCACCAAAGUUCUACUGGGCCAGAGAAAAUGAAGGAAAGCUGCAAUCUCUUUGCCCACAUCAACACUGCACUCUCCCAGCACCCACAGCUCUCACUGUCUUGGCCUGAAUCCAGGAGCCCUAGGAGCCAGCGUCCUCCCUAUGAAAGAGAGUGUGGCACCAGCCUGGGCCACUGUUCUUGCCCUUGCCUGCUAAGCUAAGUGAGUGGGCCCAUGAGAUGACCUGGCAUGUGACCAGAUGGCAGAGACAGGUGUAAGGGGUGAGGCGGUAUCAGUAGUGGAGGCCUGGUGGGGAAUGGCCCUUCCAGCUCCACCCAGCUGGAGGUCCCAUCAUGGAGGGAAAGGGGAGAAGUGUGGGAGCUUUUGCCUCCCCUCUGAACGAGACCAGAGUGGGAUCACAUAAACAGAGGAAAAAAGAGAGUCUAUUUUUGUGUACUAAUAAAGAAUUUCUAUAAACUUUU